AUGGUGAAACAACUCAACCAGCCCGCCCAGAAUCAUACAAAUGCCUUGGUUCUGGAAUAUUUGCUCCGACCGGAGACAACUGUGGCACUUCUGCCGGAUCAAAUCCGACCUUCCAAGUCAGAUGGGCAACGUCUACUGGAUUUCGUUUCCAGUCUUGAUCCCCCUGCUCAGGUUAUCCUCGACGUUGGUGCUCAGAUUCUAGAGCUUGGCAAUCUGGAAGUGGCAAAACACUGGUUGAAUAUGCUCCCCUGCCAGGGAGCAAUUGAGGCUGUUGUUUUCGUCAAUGAUACCGACGAAGUAUGCGUCGUUGGUCGAAACGGUCGCGUGGAACCCUUACAAACGUCACCAUUUGCACGGAAGAUGGAGGCAUGUUAUGUUUUCCUGGAUGAGAGUCACACCCGGGGCAUCGAUCUGAAGCUUCCAGCCACAUAUCGCGCUGCAGUUACUUUGGGCCCCGGUAUCACGAAGGACAAGCUUGUCCAAGCAUGUAUGAGAAUGAGAAAUUUUGGCAAUGGGCAGUCAGUAGUCUUCUGCAUUCCCUCGGAAAUCCAAUUCAAAAUCCGAGCGCUCUGUGGGAACGAGAUCCAAGAUGAGAUAACGGUCUCAGAUGUUCUCUGCUGGGCUGUUUCUGAGACUUGGAUUGACCUUAGCCGCGCCAUACCCCUAUGGGCCAUCCAAGGGAAGCGAUUCGAGUAUCAACUCGAGCAGUGGAAUCGAGCCCGCGUGAGUGGGCCCCUUGAGAUUCCUUACAAGAUUGCCCGAAAGUUUCUUGAAGAGGAAGGCCAGACAAUUGAGCGAAGAUAUCGCCCUGGUCAUAUCAAACUACCAGAUUUCCUCUCAUCGAUCACGGAUAAUGAAAACUUACGCCUGAUAUCUGAACGCUGUGCCGAAUUUGGCAACCUCAACCUCUCAUCCACUGCCCUUAAUGAAGAACAAGAGCGCGAGCUAGCACCGGAGAUCGAGUGUCAGUGCCAGGUUGAGAGACCCCGAAAAGCUCUUCCAAGGGAUCACUUCCUUCAUCAGGACUUAGUGACAUUCGUUAACACGGGCUAUUUAAAAGAGGACUCUAAUUGCUGGAAACCAGCCUUCAAGUCACUCAAAAGCACCUCUGCAUCUUCGUUUCUGGAUGUCUCUCAGUUUCCCUCGAGCCUGUUGGUCACCCGUGAAUUUGCGAAGACCAUUAAAACUCCAAAGACUGCAAAUUAUGUUUCUGAUUCCUUCCAGCGCUCAGUCCGAUGGAUCUUGACGACCUCACUGUCCAAGUCUCCUGGCAGUCAAAGGGAAGUCAGAAAGAUGGUGAUUAUCAGUCCUUUCGAGGCCAAUUGCCUUCUUGAGAUGAACUUGAGCUUCCCCUCUUUGGAUCAAUUGGAUCUGUACACCGUCCCUGAGGACUUCGGGGCUAUCAUCAUCCCCGAAACACUGCAGAUACAGCUCAAUCUGUUUGCAGGGCAGCUGUACCUCAACUCGUACAUUGAGUACCAGUCUGUCUGCCAAUUUCUCGGUCUGAGCUCCGUUGGAACAUCCAGUGAGCUGGUUGUUGCCGCUGAUGGCUUUAUUAUGGGUGGGAAGGAAGGCCAAAUUUCCACAUUCCACCAGAGUCCACUCAAAUUCUUGAAGGUUCUGUUGUCUCAAAUCCGCAAAGACUCUCAAUCGAUCAGUAAAACCCAUAUGGGCAAGAUUCUCGAGGGUGAGCUGCUGACUCCUGCCGACUUUCUGAACACUUCACACGAGGUCAUUGAUCUCGACGAACCAUGUCCCUAG